AUUUCAUGUACAGUCCAAAAAAAAGAAACUUUACACAAAAUAUAUUAAGUUAAAAUUCCAACACAAUCAAUCUCCAAAUUUAUAACAACCAACCCCAAACCUAACACAUCUUUUCAUUUGCUUUUGCGGCUAAGCCUCAAAACCAAUCAAAUCUCCUACAACAAAGAAAACUUUUGUUCCACAAAUUCACAAAGAUGGAUGAACCUUUUCUAGCUCUUAAUGAUUCAACACCACAACAACCAUCUUCAAUAUUCACUCAUUCAUUUGGUUCAAAACAUGAAUCAGAUGGUGAACUUGAACGAAUACUCUCAGAUACAAAUGUUCCUUUUGUGAAACGUAUUCCACUUGCUACAUGGGUUGAACUCAAAUUACUCUUUUACCUUGCUGCCCCUGCUGUUAUUGUUUACCUUAUCAACUAUGUCAUGUCUAUGUCUACUCAAAUAUUUUCGGGGCAUCUUGGUACUUUGGAACUUGCUGGUGCUUCACUUGGAAAUACUGGUAUUCAAAUCUUUGCUUAUGGACUCAUGUUGGGCAUGGGGAGUGCUGUUGAGACACUAUGUGGACAAGCAUUUGGUGCAAAAAAAUAUGACAUGUUAGGCAUAUAUUUACAAAAAUCAUCAGUGCUUCUCACAUUAGCUGGUUUAAUUUUGACUCUCAUAUACAUUUUCUCCAAACCAAUUUUAAUCUUCAUAGGACAAUCUCCAGCAAUUGCAUCAGCAGCAGCACUUUUUGUGUAUGGUCUAAUCCCACAAAUAUUUGCCUAUGCUAUAAACUUUCCAAUACAAAAAUUUCUUCAAGCACAAAGCAUAGUGGCUCCAAGUGCAUACAUAUCAGCAGGAACAUUGGUUAUUCACCUUAUAUUAAGUUGGGUUGCUGUAUAUAAAAUUGGGCUUGGUUUAUUGGGUGCAUCAUUGGUUUUGAGUUUGUCUUGGUGGAUAAUUGUGAUUGGACAAUUUGUGUAUAUUGUGAAGAGUGAAAAGUGUAAGGAAACAUGGAAAGGGUUUAGUUAUCAAGCAUUUACAGGGUUGCCAGAGUUUUUCAAAUUGUCAGCUGCAUCAGCUGUGAUGUUGUGCUUAGAGACUUGGUACUUUCAAAUCUUGGUUUUGCUUGCAGGGUUACUUCCUGAUCCUGAAAUUGCUCUUGAUUCCCUUUCUAUUUGUACCACUGUGUCUGGAUGGGUGUUCAUGAUCUCAGUUGGAUUUAACGCAGCUGCAAGUGUGAGAGUGAGCAAUGAAUUAGGAGCCAAAAAUCCAAAAUCAGCCUCAUUUUCUGUGGUGGUGGUGACAGUGAUUUCUUUCAUAAUAUCAGUGAUUUUAGCUCUUGUGGUGAUUGCAUUAAGGGAUGUGAUUAGUUAUGUCUUCACAGAGGGUGAAGAUGUUGCCGCUGCUGUCUCAGAUCUCUGUCCUCUCCUUGCUCUUUCUAUUACUCUCAAUGGCGUUCAGCCUGUUUUAUCUGGUGUGGCCGUUGGAUGUGGAUGGCAAACUUUCGUUGCAUAUGUAAAUGUUGGGUGUUAUUAUGGAAUUGGAAUACCGUUGGGGGCAGUUCUCGGUUUCUAUUUCAAACUUGGUGCAAAGGGAAUAUGGUUGGGAAUGCUAGGUGGCGUGAUUAUGCAAACAAUUAUUCUAUUGUGGGUUACAUUUCGAACUGAUUGGAAUAAAGAGGUUGAAGAAUCAAAUAAGAGGCUGAACAAGUGGGAGGACAGGACCGAGACACUCAUUAAAGAGUGAAGCUCUUUGUUUCGCAACAUGAUUAAAUGGUCAGAAGUCGAAAUAAGUUGGUGGCGCUAUAAAGAUCAAGCGACCUACUAUUUUGAAAAAGUAAAAAACUAAAAAUUAAUUUGGUAAGUUUGUACUUAUCUUAUAUGAGUAAGUGAUAUAUUUUUCCUUAAAGCGAAGGACUAUUGUAUCACCAUUCAUGAAGGUAUAUUCAUAUUUUGACUUAUAUUUUGCUUU